UUCCUUCUCCUCCCGAUGCUUUGAAACCCUCAUGUGUUUGCCAGAAAGCCAGUCUGCAGAUCUUCCGGCUUUCCAAGUUUCACCCCAAAGAUCUUUCACAAAGGCUUCCAAAGUGAUCUCAGGAUUUAACCAUCACCAUGUCGAGCAAAAGGGCCAAGACCAAGACCACCAAGAAGCGCCCUCAGCGCGCAACCUCCAAUGUGUUCGCCAUGUUUGACCAGUCCCAGAUCCAAGAGUUCAAAGAGGCCUUCAACAUGAUCGACCAGAACCGGGAUGGCUUCAUCGACAAGGAGGACUUGCACGACAUGCUUGCUUCAAUGGGAAAAAAUCCAACUGAUGAAUAUCUGGAUGCCAUGAUGAAUGAGGCCCCGGGCCCCAUCAACUUCACCAUGUUCCUCACCAUGUUUGGAGAGAAGUUGAAUGGCACAGACCCCGAAGAUGUCAUCAGAAAUGCCUUCGCUUGCUUUGACGAGGAAGCAACGGGCACCAUCCAGGAGGAUUACCUGAGGGAGCUGCUGACCACCAUGGGCGAUCGGUUCACAGAUGAGGAAGUGGAUGAGCUGUACAGGGAGGCUCCCAUUGACAAAAAGGGGAAUUUCAACUACAUCGAGUUCACACGCAUCCUCAAGCACGGAGCAAAAGAAAAGGACGACUGAAGAGCUUAAAAUUCCAGCCAAAUGUUCCCUGUUGCCACUUGGGGUAUUUCUGAGAUUUUCUUCCUAGAACCUGUUACAUCCCUAGCUUACUGCUUUUUCUUGUUUUGUAUUUAUAUAAUCUCAGCCUCUUUGGGCCACAUGUACCUUUAUAAUCAGA